GGCGUCGGCCACGUUCAGCGGAGACGGGAGCAAGAUGGCGAUUCCGGGCAGGCAGUAUGGGCUUAUUUUGCCAAAGAAAGUACAGCAGUUGCACCCUGUUUUGCAAAAACCUUCAGUGUUUGGGAAUGAUUCUGAUGAUGAUGAUGAUGAGACUUCUGUCAGUGAAAGCCUUCAGAGAGAAGCUGCUAAGAAGCAAGCAAUGAAACAGACCAAACUGGAAAUCCAGAAGGCCCUUGCAGAAGAUUCUACUGUAUAUGAAUAUGACAGUAUUUAUGAUGAAAUGCAGAAAAAAAAGGAAGAAAGUAAUCCCAAAUUGCUUUUGGGAAAAGACCGAAAGCCUAAGUAUAUUCACAACUUACUAAAAGCAGUUGAGAUCAGAAAGAAGGAACAGGAAAAAAGAAUGGAAAAGAAAAUACAGAGAGAACGAGAAAUGGAAAAGGGAGAAUUUGAUGAUAAAGAGGCAUUUGUAACAUCUGCUUAUAAGAAAAAACUGCAAGAAAGAGCUGAAGAGGAGGAAAGAGAAAAGAGGGCUGCUGCACUUGAAGCACGUUUGGAUGUAACCAAGCAGAGAGAUCUCAGUGGAUUUUAUAGGCAUCUAUUAAAUCAAGCAGUUGGUGAAGAGGAAGUACCUACAUGUAGUUUUCGUGAAGCCAGGUCUGGGAUAAAAGAAGAGAAAUCAAAGGGAUAUUCCGAUGAAGUUAGUUCAGAGAAUAGAAUACCUCAUGAGAAAUGCAUUCUCCAAACUGUUGUGAAAGUAGAGGAAAAUCCAGAUGCAGACAGUGACUUUGAUGCUAAGAGCAGUGAGGAUGAUGAAAUGGAAGGAAAUAAUCAAGCGAACUGCAGAAGGGGAAAGGGCACAGAGACCUUAAAAAAUGACUCCAAGCAUCACAGGAAUCAUACCCACUCACAGUCAUCUAGUGAAGAAAGAGAGCAUGGUACCAAACACCACUCCAAAAGUUCCAAGUCAAGAGGACAUGAGAAAAAGGAAGAUCAGCACCAAGAGAGACAAUCCAGGGACCAGGACAACUAUUACAUUGACCAGGAUUACCGAAAAGAAAGGAAGGAUUCCCAUAAUCACAGAGAGGCCAGUUACAGAGAUUCCCACUGGAAGAGGCAUGAACAGGAAGAUAGACUGAGGGGAAGAGAUGCAAAAGAAAGAAAUGACAGGGAAUGGAAAAGGGAGAAAGACAGGGAGAAAUACCCCUCAAGAGAACAAGGAAGAGAUAGACAACGAAAUGAUUAUGACCAACACAGUGAGAAAGGAGGAGAGAAGGAAGAGAAAAGCAAAGAAAAGGAAGAAUAUACGAAAGCAAGGAAACAAAGAUAUGAAAACAGUGAUAAAUACAGAGAUAGAGAAAGACGAGAAGUAAGUUUUCAAUCUUCAGAAAGAAAUCGAGACAGAAAGGAAAGCAGCCCGAAUUCUAGGGCAAAGGAUAGGUUUCUUAACCAGGAAAGAGCCAGUAAAAUGAGAAACAUGGAGAAAGACAAAGAAAGAAACCCAGAGAAACCCUCUACUUCUGAAACAUCCCUGGGAACAAAACACAGAAUCUCUGAGGAAUGUCAGGAGACGGUCAAAGAACAAGAGAGGCCACCUGAGACAGUGAACAAGUUUGCAAAGCGGAGCAACGAAGAAACCGUAAUGUCAGCAAGAGACAGAUACUUGGCCCGGCAAAUGGCACGAGUUAACGCAAAGACAUAUAUUGAGAAAGAAGAUGAUUGAUGACUGCCCCAGCAGAAAGACCUGUGGAAGUGCAGAAAAUUAUAACUCCUGGAACGUGCUGUGUGAACACAUACAUGAGUGUGUUAACAGUGGUUGAGUGAGAGGCUAUUUUAAAAUACAUUUUCAAAAUUCAUUUUGGUUUAGGUGUAAGUCAAAAGUCAAUCCUUUUAUCUUGAUUGUUUGACUAAAUUGAAAUAUAAUAUUUACUUAUCAAUACCACAUUCUUGGUUGUAUUCAAGCAACCUAAAUUCCCACAGGUACUUAAUGAAGAAAAUUGGCUCUACUACAACCAUUAAAAGAUAAUUUAAACAACUUUCCUCAUGUUUGUUGCGGGAGCUAUUUGUUUUAUAAGUAAUUGUGUUUCAGAUAAAAAUAUGUGGAUUUGAACAGAGAAUAUUGUUACACUUUGUGUUCUAAAAUUUGUAAAAGUGUGAAAUACAGAUCACACAUCUUGCCUAAGUAACUUUUUAGCUAACAGCAUACUUGUCUUAAGUUAAAAUAAAAAUAGUGAUAUAUUUGUACAUUAAUUGAUGCUUUUAUUGUAUUUUAAAAGUUAUGUCACUCAUGUCAUACCAUAAUUCCUCUUUUUUUAAGUUAAAAAUCAUUUUAAUUCUGAAACCCCAGCAAGUUAAUAAGUUGGUUAUGUUAUAAAUCAGUUUUAGUUAAGGGUGAAAAGAUGGAGAUACUCAGCCUAAAUGAAAUUAGCUGAAGAUCCAGGUGGCCUAUUUAUGAAGAUGUCUUGUUUAAUAUACUCUAAAAAAAAUAGUACAACUUAUUAGCGGUUCCAUUUACGUAUCAAAAUAAAACAAAUUUUUGUACCAAGUCUUUGAAACUUACCAUUGGAAAUUAUAUACUGUAAAUAAUUUAUUCAUAGGAAAACGAUGAAUGCUAUGGAAAAAAUAGUUCUUUAACAGGUCUUCCCAUUAAGAAAGUGCUGUUUAUAUCUUUCAAACUUUAUCAUGAAGAGUUACUACAUUGCCUUAUUUUAGAAGGAUAAACAUAAUUUAGUAAGAAUAUUGACCUUUAGAAAAAAUAUGUAUAUUAAGGAUCAAAUUUAGCGUUCAUAAAUCAUUUUAUUACACUCUUAAAACCAGAAAGGAAAAAUAACAAGAAAGCUAAUACCUGUAUCUCUUGACUAACUCAUUAAAUAUCAGUUACAUCCUAAUAGUUUAAAAUAGAUCAGUGACAGUGACAAACACUUCAAAGGCACUGACUUAGUAUAUACAGAGGGGUGUAGAAUAAUGUAACUAUGAAAACGUUAGGGUGAAAUCAUGGAAGACCAUAAGUGACAGGCUAAAAAUCUUCAACUUUGGUAAAGAAUUUGACUCCUUUGUUAGGGUUGUCGUAACUAAAGCCAUAUAUUGGGAAGAUUAAUUUGACCAUAGUAUGCAAGAUAAAGUCUAGGAGGGAGAGGCUGGAGUUGGAGCGAUCUGAUAAGAAACUUGGUUUCCCUCUUCUAGUGUUCAGAGACUUAAAACAAAGCAGCUUGGAUGGUUUAGAUAGGGAAAGUUAUAUGUAACUUUAAAAAAAAUUAAGUAUGAUUGAUUUACAGUCUUGUGUUAGUUUCAGGUGUACAGCAUAGUGAUUCAGUUUUUUUUUCAGAUUAUAUUGUAUAAUAGAUUAUAAGAUACUGAAUAUAGUUCCCUGUGCUAUACAGAAAAUUCUUGUUGCUUAUCUAUUUUGUGUACUGUAGUUUGUAUCUGUUUUCCUAUACUUCUAAUUUGUCUCUCCCAUCCACUCUUUUUCCCUUUAGUAACCAUAAGCUUGUUUCCUAGGUCUGUGGGUCUUUCUGUUUUGUAUAUAGAGUCAUUUGUAUUAUUUUUUAGAUUCCACAUACAAGUGAUAUCAUAUAUUAUUUGUCUUUCUCCGUCUGACUUACUUCAGUAAGCAUAAUCUUAGUCCAUCCACGUUGCUGUGAAUGGCAAUGUUUAAUUUUUUAUAAUAUUCUAUUGUGUAUAUAUACCACAUCUUAAGCCAGUCUGUUGAUGGACAGUUGGGUUGUUUCCAUGUUGUGGCUAUUAUAAAUAGUGUUGCUAUGAACAUUGAGGUCCAUGUAUCUUUUUGAAUUAGAGUUCUUGUUUUUUCCAGGUAUAUAUCCAGGAAUGAGAUUGCUGGAUCAUAUGGUAACUCUAUUAUGCAUUACUUUUAUUAACCAAGUUUGACAUGAACUCAAGGAGAAGCUGCAAAUUAAGGGUUUCUUCUAACUCCUUCCCCAGAUAUUUUUUUGUCUCUUUGGCAUUCUUUUUCCCCUUUUCUGGGAUCAGUGCCUUGAUUUUCCCUUAAGAAAGUACCCCUUCACUACUUAGUCCAGUGAUUCAAAUGGGGCUGAACAGGUUCCAGGAAAGGUACGUGACUCAAGCUAGGCCAGUUCUGAGACUUGUCAGAAGUUAAAGAGACGUUUUCCACUAGCAUUCUGGACUGUGAAGAUGAAUUAAGUCCAGAAUUGCAUAGGGAAAUGAGUGCCUGACUGCCUGACAGAAUAAAGCCUACACAAAAGAAAGCAGAAAUGAGAGGAGAGAAGGACAAAGACCUGAUGAUUGCUUUUGAACCUCUGGCUCUAGUGGAGCAUUUAUAUUUUUAGAUAUUUAAACCAAUACUUCUCUCUUGGGCCAGUUUGAAUUGGAUUUCUGUAGCCCAAAAAGCCCUAUUUGAUAGAACAAGGUUCUACUUCUGACAAAUCUAUGUCUAAGUUUACCAGAACAUUCUUACAAGCUUUUAAAAAUUACAACAUGUAUAAAGAAAAGUGCACUUAUCAUGAGUAUUUAGUUUAAUGGAUCUACACAGGGAAUACAUCCAGUUCAGAAAGAGAACAUUACCUGUACCACAGAAGCUCCCCUUGAAACCACUUCCCAGCCUGCUCCCGUUGACUUUUAACACCAUAGAUUAGUUUUGCUUGUUUUCUAGAUUUAUCCUUCUACUGUUGUUGAACAUGGAGUUGCUUCCAUUUGGGGGUUAUUAUGAAUAACACUUCCGGAAACAUUCUUGUAUUUGGCUUCUAUGUACAUAUAUAUGUUUUGACUGGAUAAUUCCUAGAAAUGGAAUCACUGAUCCAUAGGGUAUGCUUAUUUUCAGCUUUAGUAGGUAUUGUCAAUCAGUAUUCCAAAAUAAACUCCAUCAGAUGAUAUAUGAGGGCUCCAGUUGCUUCACAUUCUUGCUUACACUUGUAAUUGUUUAUGUUUUGUGUUUUGUUUGCCUUUUAAUUUUAGCCAUUCUGAUGGGCAUGAUAACUCAUGGUUUUAUUUUGGGGUUCCCUGAUGGCUAUCAUUUGUUAGCAUUUGGAUAUCUCCUUUUUGAAGAAUUCUUUUCCUUUUGCCUAUUUUUUUGAGGUAGGACUACUUGCCUUUUUUCUCAUGACCUGUACUCAUUUAUAUAUUCUGGAUAGUUGUUUGUCUUUGCAAGUAACUUCUCCCCACUAUGGCUUGCCUUUUCAGUCUUAAUGGUAUCUUUUAGCAAACAGAAAUCUUUAAUUUUGAUGAAGUCCAACUUAAAAGUUAAGUAAAAUUUAAAUUCCUCAGUUGCACUAGACACAUUUGAAGUGCUCAAUAACCACAGGAAGCGAGGGGCUACCAUAAUGGAAAAUGCAGAUUUAUAGAACAUUUCUGUCACUGCAGAAAGUUCUGGACAACACUCCUCUAGAUCUACCAUACACCUGGAGUGAGUUUCUGUGUGUGGUGUAAUACAAGGAUUAAGAUUCUUUCCAUAUAGAUAUCAAGUAGACAUGGCAGUGAAUAAAAAUUUGUUCAAACUAAUACCACAAUGAAUACCAUUAUACAUCCACUAGGAAUGGCAAAAAUGUUGAGAAAAUAUCAAGUGUUGGUGAGGAUGUGAAGCAAGAGUAAGUAUGUAUGUAUGUUUCUAGUGGCAGGUAAAGUGGUACGACCUUUUUGGAAAACAGUUUGGCUUUACGUAGUAAUACUGAUGCCGCAUGUUUGUCUUCCACAGGUGCACCAGGAAUAUUCAUAAUAGUGUUUUCACCAAACUGGAAAUAAUCCAAAUGUCCAUCAGUAGUAAAUGAACCUGGUAUGUAUGUAUACACACAAUACAGUGAAAUGAAUAUACCAGAGAUACAGCUGGGAUGAAUUUCACAGUGGUGUAAGAAACAAGUAAUCCGUAUAGUUUACAUUAAAAAAAAAAAAAAAAGGCAAAA